AUGUCUCUGCCAAGCCGACAAACAUCUAUCGUGAACCCCCCUCCACCAGAGUACAUAAAUUCCAAGAAAAAUGGGCGAUUGACAAAUCAGCUCCAGUACCUACAGAAAGUUGUCCUAAAGGCAUUAUGGAAGCAUAGUUUUUCCUGGCCUUUUCAACAGCCUGUGGAUGCUGUGAAACUAAAAUUGCCUGAUUAUUAUACCAUUGUAAAAAACCCAAUGGAUUUAAAUACGAUUAAAAAGCGGUUGGAGAAUAAAUACUACAUGAAGGCUUCAGAAUGUAUAGAAGACUUCAAUACAAUGUUCUCAAAUUGUUAUUUAUACAACAAGCCUGGAGAUGACAUUGUUCUAAUGGCACAAGCUCUAGAGAAGUUGUUCAUGCAGAAAUUAUCCCAGAUGCCACAGGAUGAGCAAGUUGUGGGUGGUAAGGAAAGAAUGAAGAAAGACUUUCAACAAAACACAUCCAUUUCUUCUGGUAAAGAAAAACCAUCACCCAAAGCAACAGAAAAAGUAUUUAAGGAGCAAGAAAUCUCCUCUGGACUUCCUGAGGCAUCUAUCUCUCCCUUAAACAUGGUGCAUGGAGCCCUGCCCACCUCUGGCUCUCAGACUGUGCUCCAGGUUACAAGGGGUGUGAAGAGAAAAGCAGAUACAACAACUCCUACAACUUCCAUAGUUAAAGCAAAUAGUGAAUCUUUUCCGACACUUACAGAAAAUAAACCAGUGAGAACACCACCAGUAAAAGAAAAUGUAGUGAAGAAUGUGUUGCUGGAGUCUCAGCAACAGCAUAAAGCUGUCAAGAGUGUUAAAGUAACGGAACAACUGAAGCACUGCAGUGAGAUUCUUAAAGAAAUGCUUGCAAAGAAACAUGUAUCCUAUGCAUGGCCCUUCUACAACCCCAUCGACGCCAAUGCUCUGGGGCUCCAGAACUACUAUGAAAUCAUCAAAAACCCCAUGGACCUGGGCACUAUCAAGGGGAAAAUGGACAAUCAAGAAUAUAAGGAUGCAUAUGAGUUUGCUGCAGAUGUUAGAUUAAUGUUCAUGAAUUGCUACAAAUACAACCCUCCAGAUCAUGAAAUAGUGGAAAUGGCUAGAAUGCUUCAGGAUGUUUUUGAAAUGCAUUUUGCAAAGAUUCCUGAUGACCCUGUUGAGACCACACCCAUAUGUCACCUCCCACCAAAUGCUUCCAAAUCCCUUGGUAGAGGAAGCAGUAGUGAUGCGUCCUCUGAAGAUAACUCUUCCGAGGAUUCUGAAGAUGAGAGAGUCCAGCGUCUUGUAAAGCUUCAGGAACAGCUUAAUGCUGUUCAUCAACAGCUACAGGUUCUGUCCCAAGUGCCUUUCCGUAAAUUAAAGAAAAAGAAUGAAAAGUCAAAAAGAGUGAAGAAAAGACAAAGAGUUAAUAACAAAGAUGAAAAUCCAGGGAAAAAUUGUAAGCAAAUGAAACUAAAGGAAAAGCCCAAGAGCACUCAGCCAAAGAAAAGGAAACAGCAGGUUCUAAUGAAAUCUGAAAAUGAAGAUAACGCUAAGCCUAUGAACUAUGAUGAGAAAAGGCAGUUGAGUUUGGAUAUAAACAAACUCCCUGGAGAUAAACUUGGCCGAGUAGUUCAUAUAAUACAAUCAAGAGAACCCUCACUGAGAAAUUCCAAUCCUGAUGAGAUAGAGAUAGACUUUGAGACGCUGAAAGCAUCCACACUAAGAGAAUUGCAAAAAUAUGUUGUGGCAUGUCUAAGGAAAAGACCACUAAAGCCUCAUGCUAAGAAAAUAACGCAAUCCAAAGAAGAACUUCAUGCACAGAAAAAGCAAGAGCUGGAAAAGCGCUUACAGGACGUAAACAAUCAGCUGAAUUCUAGAAAACGCCAAGUAAAACGUAGGUGGCAGUUUUUAAAUGCUCCUCCUCUGACUGUUGAAUGCUAUUGGCACUUUACUGUAUCUCCCUGCUUUGUAGCUGAGAAAACACCAGCACUGAAAGCAAUUGGAAGUGGGUCCCGUCUGAGUGACAGCAGCAGCAGCAGCAGCAGUAGCAGUAGCAGCAGCAGCAGCAGCAGCAGCUCCUCCCAGUCGGGAAGCAGCAGCAGCAGUGAUUCAAGCUCAUCGGACAGCAGCGAUUCUGAACCAGAAAUGCGUAAAUUUACUGAAGCAAAACAGUGUGAUGCACCUUCUAAAGAGAACACAAAGAAGAUACAAUCUUCUGUGCAAGAUACAAGCUCUGCUGAAGCAGCUCUUGCUCAGCAGACCACACACCCGUGUGGAGUACCAGUGAACCAUCACCAGCCAGUACAUGUUUAUCCAGGCUUAGAACAUCCACAGGCUAUGGAGACCAAUGUGCCUAUGCAGAGCCACCCUCUUUUAGGUGAUUCUGAAGUCUUGAAUGGCCCCACAGUGGUGCAUCCAUCUGAUGACAAUGGCCCAAUGGUGUUAGACUCUGAAUGUCAAGUUCCUGUGCAGAAGGAUAUAAAGAUUAAGAAUGCAGACUCUUGGAAAAGUUUAGGCAAACCAGUGAAAUCCUCAGGUGUACUGAAAUCCUCAGAUGAGCUCUUCAACCAGUUUAGAAAAGCAGCAAUAGAAAAGGAAGUAAAAGCUCGGACACAAGAACUAAUACGGAAACAUCUGGAACAAAAUACAAAGGAACCAAAAAUAUCUCAAGAAAAUCAGAGGGACCUUGGAAAUGCAUUGACUCUAGAGUCUUUUUCAAAUAAAAUGCAAAACAGGUGCCAUGGAGAAGAGCAGAAAGAACAUGAGCCGUCAUCAGAAGCUCAAGAUAAGUGCAAUCCGUGGCUUCUCAAAGAUCGUAAUUUAGCAAGGGAGAAAGAGCAAGAGCGGAGGAGGAGAGAAGCAAUGGCGGGUACCAUUGAUAUGACUCUUCAAAGUGACAUUAUGACAAUGUUUGAAAGCAACUUUGAUUAA